GAAACGCAUAUCGUAGUUAUAUAUAAUACAUAAGUUGGAAGUCAUUGCUAAUCUCAAAGAACGAAAAGUGAAGUUGAGUGGUAGAAGAAUUUUUUGUAGAGAUUAAAUAAAAAUGGCAGAAAACACAAUCACAACCAGAUCUCUGGGUAUCGCCUCUGAAGGUGUCAAAGAUCAGUAUGCAGAUGGUAAAGCCGCAAAAGUUUGGCAGAUCUUCAUCGGUGAUAAGAAAUCCAGGACCCAAAAUUACAAGAACUUUUUGGUGGGAUUGUUGAAAAAACACGGAUGCAAAAGAAUUCUCGAUGUUGCAUGUGGAACUGGAAUCGACUCCAUCAUGUUAUUAGAAGAAGGUUUUGAAGUAGUUUCAAUAGAUGCUUCUGACAAAAUGUUAAAAUAUGCCCUUAAAGAGAGAUGGAAUAGACGAAGGGAAGAAUCUUUUGACAAAUGGAUCAUUGAGGAAGCAAACUGGAUAACUUUAUAUGACGAUAUUGAAGACUUGGUUGGAAAUGGUUUUGACGCAGUCAUUUGCUUGGGAAAUUCAUUUGCCCAUUUAUUAGACAAUUUUGGAGAUCAAAGGGAACAAAUGCAAGCUCUAAGGAAUUUUGAAAAAUGCGUAAAACCAGGAGGUUUGCUUUUAAUUGACCACAGAAAUUAUGAUGAUAUUAUGGAUACAGGAAAAACUGCAACAAAAUGCAUAUAUUACAAUAGUCAACAUACGACUGAUAUUAAAACUUCAGUAUUAUACGUGGCUGGUCGCCCAGCUUUAGUAACUUUGGACUAUCUUAUCGACAUUUCAUCCGCAGACGAUGACAAGAGAGACACGAUUAUUGAAGACUCCAUCAGUGAAUUCCGCCUAUCUUACUACCCACACAGGCUGCGAGUUUUCAAAGAAAUGUUGAGAAAGGCAUUUGGAGAAAACGCAACAUCAAAAAUAUACGGCGAUUUCAAAGAAUUGGAUGAUAUUGAAGUACCUAAUUUCUAUAUUCACGUCGUUGAGAAGAGUUCUACUAUUUUUUAAAUUAUUUAUAUUGUUAUAAGCUUUAUACUAAUUAAUAUUAUUUGUAAAUGUUAUACGUUGUUUUUUAAUUGUUAUUAUUAAUAAAUUAUAUAUUUUUUGUUUUU